AUGAUUGCACCGACUGCCCUGGCAGUCUUCUGUCAAGGCCACCCAGAGUACUGCUUUCGCCUCGACGACGUAAUCGACCGAGUGGUCGCGCGCACCAUCGACUUCAACACUUGGGAGUCAGCUUGGGAGGGGAUUUCUUGCUGCAGAGAACAGCUGGCAGAGGCUGCGGUUCAAACAGAGCCCAUAUCCACACCAAUCCCGCUGCAGAAGCCACAAUGGCAAUACCUCGAUGGCGAUCACUGGCGGCCUGCUGCAGACGAGUAUACGAUGUCUCUCGAACAUGCGUGCAACUUGGGUCACUCAAGCUGCGAAGUCACUGUAGGGCACCACAUCUAUGACGUGGACGUUGAGAAGCACACACAGAGGAACAGAGCAACUGGGGUCGAAAGGAGCCUUCGAAGGGUGAUGGUCGUGGAUCGGGAUGCCACAGUGAGCCAUCUCCGGAUCAUCCAUGCCCUGCAGCAGGAACAGAUUGCUUGUCUGUCCAAGCAGCUUUCCGAGCAGCAGGCACUUUCCCAACAGUUUUUUGGGCUUGUCGCAGCUGGGACAGAGCAGAUGGAGCGUCUCGCCAAGCAUCUGUCCGAGCACCAAGCACUUUCACAAGAGUUGUCAAAACGACAGGCUGAAGACCAAGAGCAGAUAAAGAUGCUUUCGCAACAGCUUUCCGAGCAGCAAGCCUUUUAUCACAAUCAGUUGUCGGAGCAAAGAGCUGCUAACCAAGAUCAGAAUAGGAUGAGGAGGAGUCUUUUGCAGAAACUUUCCGAGAAGCAAGCGCUCUGCAAUCAGCUGCUUGAGCAAAAGGCUGCUGACCAAGAGCAGAUAAAGCGUCUUUCCAAGCAGCUAUCCGAGCAGCAGCUACUCUCGCAAGCGUUGUCGGAACACAAGGCUAUUGACAACAGCAAAAUUCAGCAUCUCGGCGAACAGCUUUGCAAGCAGCGGGCACUUGCCGAAAAGCUGUCGAAGCAAAAGGCGGAGGAGCAAGGACAGAUGAGAUUUCUCUCCCAACAUCUUUCCGCGCAGCGGGCACAGUGCCAGCAGCUGUCUGAGCAAAAGGCUGAGUAUCAAGAACAGAACAGACGUCUCUCCCAGGAGCUUUUGAAGCAACAGCUUCCGGAUGUUGACACCGCUUCUCCUGCGGGCUGCCUUUUGCACGGGAAGGUGGAGAUCACCAGAAUUUCUGAGAUUAUGAACCC